AUGACAAAUCUUACGGACCCCAACAAUAAUUCUACGAGCAACAACAGCACUGGUACCAAUAUCAGCAAUUCUGCUGCAAGCCUUACCAUGAAUGCCAAUAACAACAACAACACGACGAGUGGUGGAAAUCAUUCACCCACCGUCAGGAACACCACACUAGGCCAUCAUUUAUUUGCACCUCGAAAUUCCAUUCUAUCCAACACGGGAAUGAGUGUACACCCUCAUCAAUCACCUCCAACCGUAAUGGCUGAGGAUGAAGAAAUUAUUUCCACUCAUCAGACCUCCGUCGUGGAAAGCUCGAGUGUGGACGUAGUUCAAACACAUGUCCUUGCAGAGGAAUAUGUCGUUUCACCCAUUCGGGCCAUAAAAUCUCAUCCAUGGGAUCAUUUACCUCAUCUCAUUUCAAUUCUGAUUCAUGGAAUAUUAUUUCCUCUUCAAACAAUUGCGAUGGGUUACAUUCCGUUCAUGCAAUGGGGGCCUACAACUCGUGAUAUCAUUCAAUACACCAUUAAGAAUUUGUAUACAUUUGGAUUGCAUUUUCUACCAUAUGAUGGUGCUUUGGCGUUUUGCAUAUUGUUCACAGUUUUGGAGAUGGUUUGGCUCAUACUUGUUUAUUGUUCCAAAUUAAUGUAUGGAAAGGAAAGCAAGUGGGCGAAAAGAAUUUCUUUUUUUACAAAAUAUUUAACGGUGUUCGUGUUUAUUCUGUCCAUUCCUAUGGCGAGUUUGUAUGCAACAUUUUGGAGCUGCAACUAUGCAUCAGAACAAGUUCAGUCAUCGGUUUUGGGAGCUUCAAGCACAGUUCUGUACUACCUUAAAACUUAUCCGUCUGUCGAGUGUUGGAGUGGCCUCAACGCCAGUUUUGCUGCCAUUUCCUUAUUGAUGGGUUUUUCCAUACACAUGAUAGUAGUUCCUGUGUUUUUUGUGUUGUGCAUUUCCAAUGCAUCCCAUGUGUUAUUUCCAACGUUUAAAAAAGCGCCUGGAUGCUUUGUGGUUUAUGUGAAACGGGCGUUUUUCAGUUCACUGAAACCUCUUGUAAUUGUUGCCAUAGUUGUCUCGUAUCAGAUUUAUGUUUGGAUUCAACAAAUGAUACCUUGCUACGAAGAGUAUACGUACUUGUAUCCCAUAUUUUACAUAUGCUUGUGUUUGUUGAAUAUUAUGCUGAUUAUUUGGUACAUUCCUUUCAGUCGCAUUUCAGAAAAUAGCUAUGACAUUGCUUUGAACUUUGGAAAAAUUGGAAUUGGAAUUGUUUCACUAGUGUGCUCUAUUCAAAAUGUACAACAAAACGGUGACAUUGGACUCAUUUAUUUUGGAGUGAGCGUGGGAGUGUUUAUAUUGUUUUUUACAAUUGGAUUUAUUGUGUCCUUUUUUGCUUUCAAAUUGUACUUGAAGCACAUUCAGAACCUGGUCGGUGAGAAAUUACAAGAAAAUCCUUCGGAACUGUUAGAAGAAGUCAGCCAGAAUACUUUGGCCAAGGUUUUACAAUUUUCUCUACCGAUGUUUAAUGAUUCAUCGCUUGUGGCACUUUCGAGACAAGUGGUGAGUGAAGUAAUCAGAAACAAAAUAGUGAUCACAGAUACCCAUUUAGUGAAUGUUGUCUCGUGCACUCUGUUUAAGUACAAAGAUUCAAGAUACAGCAUUAAUAAGGCGAUUCAAAUGAUCAUGAAUCAAAUGCGACGAAAAGUGAAUAUUUUUGACAGAAUUUAUCUUUCGUUGCAAAAGUAUGAGAAAGAGUAUCUCAAGAAAAAAGAUGAAAUCAAACCAGGUAUGAGAAGGAACGAAGAAAUUGAUAAAAAGCUGUCAGAUCUCUACAAAAAACAGCAGAAAGUCAUUUCAUUACAAAAAACAUUUUGGAAAUACAUCUUAAAUGAUAGCAUGGAAGAUACAGACGCGAUAUUGCAAACUAGCAGCGCCCUGGCGGACUAUAUCAUGGAGAUAUCUACCAAAUUUAGUGAUCUACUCUCGCAACAUGCCUCUAAUGUGACCAUACUUAGACACUAUGCUCGCUAUGCUGAAAAAAUUUUAUUUCAAAUGGAUCUGAGUGAAAUGCUGAACGCUCAAGCAGCCAUGUUGGAAGAAGAAGAAGAAGCACACAAUAGAAAACAUGUAUUCAAAACUGUUUCUGUAAGAAGAUAUAGCACAAGACCUUCAGAUGUCGACCAGAUCACACACACCAAAACAUUUCCACAACACGAACCCAAUAAUUGUGAAGAUGAUUUGGAUGAAGCUAAAAAUUUUGAUGAAGAGCAAAUGAAAACCAAGUCAAAAGAUACGUUUAGAGGCCUCAUUCACAAGCAACCUGAUUUUAGAUGGAUUUUAUGUUUGAUUGUGGUUGUGCCAUGUUAUGUCAUUUUGGGAAUUACAGGAGGAUUACUUGGAGAAAUAAUUCAAUCCACUAAUCGAAACGGUUUUCAAACAAAAGGGUAUAAAUCCAACGUUUGGAUGUAUUAUGACAUGUGUGACGCAGCCAAUAUUCCAUACUAUGUAAUGGUGGAUAUACGAACAUUGCAAAAAUUGAAAUUGUACUCAAACAAUACUGUAUACAUGAACAAGAUCCAGCGUGAAAGUACACAACGAUUUAACAACUAUAACAUCAAGCUAAAAACCAUGCUGUCAACAUACUCUGCAAGCUCCGACAAUUUAAUUCAAUCAGUUGUGAAAGGCUAUCAACAAAAAUAUCAUACAAUUCUCAUACCAGCAGCCAUUUCUGACAACUCAACAGAACAAGUAUUACCCUCUGCCAAACAAGUGACUCUUAUUGAAAUUUAUUCCAUGUUAACUAAUACAUUGGAACAAUUAAUUCAACAAGAUGAAGAUGCGAGAAUGAACACGAAAAACAACUUUCCGUUUAUGUUCUUUUGGGAAAAUAGACAAACGAUUCCUUCAACUAUUGCAACAUUUUGCUCUGAAAUUAUUGAUAACAAUAGAAAUCAUCUUAUUGAGCAGUUGAGAGAUUUCGUCUUAGGUCUAUCUAUAGCCAUGUUCUCAUUUGUAGGAGUUUCUUGUGGAAUUUUUGCCAUUAUCAUUUAUAAAUUUCGAGACCGUGAAAGACUAAUCAAAUUAUUUAAAAAACUUCCUAAAGAUGAUGUUGGAAAAGUGUAUCAUGACUUGCGAAGUGAUGAGAAACACUCUUUAGAUGGUGACAAGAAGAAAUACACAAUGAAAUGGAUGAGAAAUCCUGUAAUUGCAGUUCCAUCGUUACAAUUGUUGGCAUUUGCAUUGGGUUCUGUGGCGUUUUUUGCAUUUAUCUACGACUCUACUAAUAAUAUGAACAUACAAUAUAAUUCCAUGUUGAAACUUCGUAAUUCUGUAGAUAUUCAAGUGGAUUAUCAUAAGGGAUUAUUCAAUCUUCUCGAGUUGAUUCGAGAUAAUUCAGAAAAUAAUCUAUUAGUGAAUACUACAGCAACGUUUUACGACCUUUCCAUAACCAUACGAAGUUUAUUUGAUAAUUUCUUGAUUUUUUCACGUGGUGAUGAUGUUAAAGGAUACAAUCCUAUUAGGAGCUACAGUACAGAUAUUGAACAUUUGAUGUUGUCCAAUACUUGCAACAUGUAUAACUCCAAUCAAACACAAAAUAGUACCGAUGCUCUUGCUCUUCAUCAUUCACUAUGGAACUCUUCUUUUUCGUUGCAAGAAAAUUUAGAAUUCUUUCAGUGCUUGAGCAUCGAAGAAUUAAUGGGCUAUAUUUCAUCAACCAUGGAACAACUUAAAGAGGAGACAUUUAGACAAAUAUUUACUCCAACUGAGUUGAUUGAAAAAUUUGUUAGAAUUCAUCUCUCACUUAGUUUAGCAUUUAGAGGCAAAGUGGAUAAGGUUCUAUUACUGCUGGUGAAUGUGAUUGACACAAUCGUAUCAAUGAUUGUUAGCAUUAGUGUGACCUCUUUCAUCAUAAUUUUAUGUUUCAUCAUCAAUUAUUUGGUUUAUAUAUUGUGGAAAGUAUAUGUGAAAGAAAUGCGUCAACUUCGACAAAUGUUUCACUUCCUUCCAUUCGAAACAUUGGAAAAUGAAGAAAUUUUUAUGGAUUACAUUAUGAAUUUCACGUUAGCAAAGAAAAAGAAGAGUAAAAUCUAUGCUGGUAUGAGUGAAGGAGAAGGUAUCAAUUCUUACAGUUUAUUGAACAGAACUUUAGAUAGCUGUGUUGAUGGAACAAUUAUUUUUAAUCAAGAUGGAAUUGUUGAGAAUAUUAACCAACCUGCCUUAUCCAUGUUUGGCAUUAAAUCCCAAAGUGACAUUAUUGGAAUGCCAUUUUCAUCUUUAUUCAUAUCAAAGGAAACUAUUGAUCGAAAGCUUAGUGAUAUUGUCAAAUCACAA